UUUGCUGGGUUUGAUCCCUUUGAAAGGUCGACCUAUUUUGGGCCAUUUUUUGAUUUGGGGCAGUUUGAACGAUUUAGGAGGAUUUUUCACCAUUCAACGUACAGAGUAGUACUGCGUCACGAGGAGAGAAAGAUCUUGAGUAGUUUAUUCGUGGAGGAGAAUCGAUUCAAGCAGCGGGUUUGGAUACGGGGAAGUCGCCCAGAGGAAGAAGAAAUCUUCCAGUUCACCAUGGUUCAGGUUUAGUAAUGUUAUAUUUUGUCUCUGACCGUGGUUCCCCUUAAUGACAAAUAAAUGGCUUAGUUCAGUUACAUUAGGAUAUUUGAGCAGUGAGCACCUUAUUCAGGACAUAUCAACCACGGCGUAUGCGAGAGCCCUAGUCGCUUUGUUCUUAACUUGAUGCAAAUACUUGUGUGCUGUAAAAAUCACGCACUAAAUCAUGUUUAGUUGGGGGGCAGG